AGGAUUAAUGCCUGCAUUAUCAUUUCUGCAAUAAAAGAGAGAGCUAAGUGGUAGAGGCCACAGACACCUCAAACCUGGAUUCCACAAUACUGCAUUAAGUGCUGGAGUUUUUAUUACUCUGCUGUAGGAAAGCUUUUGCCAAUGCUUACAAGGAACUGUUUAUCCCUGCUGCUCUGGGUCCUGUUUGAUGGAGGUCUCCUAACACCACUUCAACCUCAGCCACAACAGACUUUAGCCACAGAACCAAGAGAGAAUGUUAUCCACCUGCCAGGGCGGCGGUCACAUUUCCAACGAGUUAAACGUGGCUGGGUAUGGAAUCAAUUUUUUGUGCUGGAGGAAUACAUGGGCUCCGAGCCUCAGUAUGUGGGAAAGCUCCAUUCUGACUUAGAUAAGGGAGAGGGCACUGUUAAAUACACCCUCUCAGGAGAUGGCGCUGGCACCGUUUUUACCAUUGAUGAAACUACAGGGGACAUUCAUGCAAUAAGGAGCCUGGAUAGAGAAGAAAAACCUUUCUACACACUUCGUGCUCAGGCUGUGGACAUAGAAACCAGGAAGCCCCUAGAGCCUGAAUCAGAAUUCAUCAUCAAAGUGCAGGAUAUUAAUGAUAAUGAGCCAAAGUUUUUGGAUGGACCUUAUAUUGCUAGUGUCCCAGAAAUGUCUCCUGUGGGUGCUUAUGUGCUCCAGGUCAAGGCCACGGAUGCAGAUGACCCAACCUAUGGAAACAGUGCCAGAGUCGUUUACAGCAUUCUUCAGGGACAGCCUUAUUUCUCUAUUGAUCCCAAGACAGGUGUUAUUAGAACAGCUUUGCCAAACAUGGACAGGGAAGUCAAAGAACAAUACCAAGUCCUCAUCCAAGCCAAGGAUAUGGGCGGACAACUGGGAGGGUUAGCUGGAACGACAAUAGUCAACAUCACCCUAACAGAUGUCAAUGACAAUCCACCUCGAUUCCCAAAAAGCAUUUUCCAUCUGAAAGUUCCUGAGUCUUCCCCUAUUGGCUCAGCUAUCGGAAGAAUAAGAGCUGUGGACCCUGAUUUUGGACAAAAUGCGGAAAUUGAAUACAGUAUUGUUCCAGGAGAUGGGGGAAAUUUGUUUGACAUCGUCACAGAUGAGAAUACACAAGAAGGAGUCCUCAAAUUGAAAAAGCCGUUGGAUUUUGAAACAAAGAAGGCUUAUACUUUUAAAGUAGAGGCCUCCAACCUGCACCUUGACCACCGGUUUCACUCUGCGGGCCCUUUUAAGGACACUGCCACAGUGAAGAUCAGCGUGCUGGAUGUGGACGAGCCGCCGGUUUUCAGCAAGCCCCUCUACACCAUGGAGGUUUACGAAGACACUCCAGUUGGGACCAUCAUUGGUGCCGUCACUGCCCAAGACCUCGAUGUCGGCAGCAGUGCCGUAAGGUACUUCAUAGAUUGGAAGAUUGAUGGGGACAGCUACUUUACAAUAGAUGCAACUGAAGGAACCAUCGCUACUAGUGAAUUACUAGACAGAGAAAGCACCGCGCAGUAUAAUUUCUCCAUAAUUGCGAGUAAAGUUAGUAACCCAUUAUUAACCAGCAGAGUCAACAUAUUAAUUAAUGUCCUAGAUGUCAAUGAAUUUCCUCCCGAAAUAUCUGUGCCAUAUGAGACAGCUGUGUGUGAAAAUGCCAAACCAGGACAGAUAAUUCAGAUAGUCAGCGCUGCAGACCGAGAUCUUUCACCUGCUGGGCAGCAAUUCUCCUUUAAAUUAUCACCUGAAGCUGCCAUCAAACCAAAUUUUACAGUUCGUGACUUCAGAAACAACACAGCUGGCAUUGAAACCCGAAGAAAUGGAUACAGCCGCAGGCAGCAGGAGUUGUAUUUCCUCCCUGUUGUGAUAGAAGACAGCAGUUAUCCUGUCCAGAGCAGCACAAACACAGUGACUAUUCGAGUGUGUAGAUGUGACUCUGAUGGCACCAUCCUGUCUUGUAACGUGGAAGCCAUUUUUCUUCCUGUAGGACUUAGCACUGGGGCUUUGAUUGCAAUCCUACUGUGCAUUGUUAUACUCUUAGCCAUAGUUGUGCUGUAUGUAGCUCUGCGAAGGCAGAAGAAGAAAGACACCCUGAUGACCUCUAAAGAAGACAUCAGAGACAAUGUUAUCCAUUAUGAUGAUGAAGGAGGCGGGGAGGAGGACACCCAGGCUUUCGACAUUGGUGCUCUGAGAAACCCAAAAGUGAUUGAAGAUAACAAAAUUCGCAGGGAUAUAAAACCAGACUCUCUCUGUUUGCCUCGUCAGAGACCACCAGUGGAAGAUAAUGCAGACAUAAGGGAUUUCAUUAAUCAAAGGCUACAGGAAAAUGAUGUGGACCCCACCGCCCCACCAUACGAUUCAUUGGCAACAUAUGCCUAUGAAGGCAAUGGAUCAGUAGCCGACUCUCUUAGCUCCAUAGGGUCUCUGACCAUGGAAGCGGACCAGGACUACACCUAUCUAACAGACUGGGGACCGCACUUUAAAGUCUUGGCAGACAUGUUUGGUGAAGAAGAGAGUUAUAACACUGAUAAAGUCACUUAG